AUGAUCUCAGUCUUUGAGUUGUUGGCUACGCUGCAGAAUGAAUAUGACAAUCAAAAGGAUGUGUUGAAAAAGUUACGUCAAGAGAACAACUUCCUGGACCAUGUUGAGGAUAAGGAUACGGUUCGCUAUCAAUUUGAAAAUACGGAUAUUUUCGAAUGA